AUGGUGGACAUCCUCCUCCCGCGGCCGCUCCCGGGCGCCAUGGGGGAGCCCUCCAAGAGGCGGCCGGGGCUGGCCCUGUGCGCGGGCUGCGGGGGCCGCAUCCAGGACCCCUUCCUGCUGCGGGUGUCGCCGGACCUGGAGUGGCACGUCGCCUGCCUCAAGUGCGCCGAGUGCGGGCAGCCCCUGGACGAGACCUGCACAUGCUUCCUGCGCGACGGCAAGGCCUACUGCAAACGGGAUUACAGCAGGCUCUUCGGCAUCAAGUGCGCCCAGUGCCGGGCGGCGUUCAGCAGCAGCGACCUGGUGAUGCGCGCCCGCGACCACGUCUACCACCUGGAGUGCUUCCGCUGCGCCGCCUGCGGCCGCCAGCUCCUGCCCGGCGACCAGUUCUGCCUGCGGGAGCGCGACCUGCUCUGCCGCGCCGACCACGGGCCGCCCCCCGACGGCGCCGCCGCCCGCGGACCGCGCAGCCCAGCGCUGCCGCCGGCCGCCGCCGCGCACCUCGCAGAGCCAGUGCCCGGGCGCCCGCCCGCCCCGCGGCCGCCGGCGCACAAGGCGGCGGAGAAGACCACCCGCGUGCGGACGGUGCUGAACGAGAAGCAGCUGCACACGCUGCGGACCUGCUACGCCGCCAACCCGCGCCCCGACGCCCUGAUGAAGGAGCAACUUGUGGAAAUGACGGGGCUCAGUCCCCGCGUCAUCCGCGUCUGGUUCCAGAACAAGCGCUGCAAGGACAAGAAAAAGUCCAUUCUCAUGAAGCAGCUCCAGCAGCAGCAGCACAGCGACAAGACGAGCCUGCAGGGCCUCACCGGGACUCCGCUCGUGGCCGGCAGCCCCAUCCGCCACGAGAGCGCCGUGCAGGGCACCGCCGUGGAGGUCCAGACCUACCAGCCGCCCUGGAAGGCGCUCAGCGAGUUCGCCCUGCAGAGCGACCUGGAGCAGCCCGCCGCCUUCCAGCAGCUGGUCUCCUUCUCCGAGUCCGGCUCCUUGGGCACCUCCUCCGGCAGCGACGUGACCUCGCUGUCCUCCCAGCUCCCCGACACCCCCAACAGCAUGGUACCCAGCCCGGCCGAGACGUGAAGCGGCCCGUCCGCCCCGCCGCGGGACCUCCGCAUGCCUGCGCUCCCUGCAUGAGACACCCGGCCCCGGGCCGCUCCCAGAGCGCCGGACAAACGCCUUUGUUUUUUAAUUAUUCUUAUUUAAAAACAAACGAAAAAUAUGUUACUGUCGGCCAAAAAAGCACCGGGAUCCUCGCUGCCUUCACCAGACCGGAGAGAGAGCCCCCGCCCUGU